AGGUAUGGGGGCAAGUUUCUGGAACUUCGUUCGUGCCGAGCUGAACCGGAAUUUUGUGCUAGAUGGAGACGAAGCGAGGUUGGAGGAGAGGAGGAAGAAUCUGUACACGUUCUUCUCGAUCCCGAGGAAUUUGGAACAUUUCGUCGCCUAUGGAUUUUUCCAGUGCAUGGACGCGUUUUUGUACUUGUUCACCUUCUUGCCGAUUCGGUUUAUUCUGGCAGUCAAGUCAAUUGUACUGCGACCUCUGAAGUCCCUAGUGAGGACGCGGAGGCUGCCGCAGACUUUCGUGUUCCCCGAUGAGGCGUGUGACGUCCUCAAGAUUUGCAUCCUGUUGAUAUGUUACAAGUUCAUGUGCAUUGUUGACAUCUCUGUUCUCUAUCACUUUGUGAAAACCCAGUCAGUCAUGAAGCUUUACAUCAUCUUCAACAUGAUCGAGGUAGGUGACAAGCUGAUGUCAACAAUUGGUCAAGAUUGCAUCGACGCAUUGUUUUGGACAGCCACCGAGCCGAAGAUGCGAAAGCGAGAGAAUUGGGGUGUCAUACCUCAUUUACUGAUUGCCUCUUCCGUUGCUUUUGUGCAUGCGGUUUUGAUUUUGGGACAAGCAACAACGCUCAACGUGGCUAUCAAUGCCAACAAUAAAGCAUUGCUGACCAUCAUGAUGUCUAAUAACUUCGUGGAGCUGAAAUCCAGCGUCUUCCGGAAGUUUGACAAAGGAAACUUAUUUCAAUUGACUUGCUCGGAUGUUCGGGAGAGAUUCCAUUAUUCGAUCUUGCUUUGCGUGAUCAUGUUGCUGACGAUGAAGGAAUAUUCAUGGAGUAAAGAACGGUUCCUAGACUUGGCGCUGGAUUGUGGUGUCAUUUUGUUUGCUGAACUGUUUGUGGACUGGACGAAGCACGGAUUCAUCACGCGUUUCAACGGGAUCCCCGUGGACGUGUAUCACGAGUAUACGACUCAGUUGGCCUAUGAUGUCGCGAGGACCAAGCAAACGAAAUCUUUCUCGGAUCAUUCGGAUUUCGUGUCUCGACGUCUGGGAUUCCAGACCUUGCCACUGGCUGUGCUUUUGAUUAAAGUUGUGACGCAGAUUGUGACUGUGGAAACGUUUGGAGGUGUGAUUUUAUGCGUGCUCUGCUAUUUCGCCGCCCUGUCCAUGCGGAUUUUGAACAGCACUGUGAUCCUGGGUAAAGCCUGUGACUUGAUCGACCAACAUCAAAAAGGACUCCUUGUUGCCCCACCUACCGUGCAGAGGAAGUUCUCUGUGGGUUCAAAUCUGGUGGAUGCUGGGAAGAGCGAGGAUGAAAAUGCGGUUGAAGAGUUUGAGUUGCUGCUGCCAGCAGAUGCCCCUGAAGGAAGCAUGGAGAACAUGAGAGUUGUUCUGAAGUCAUCCAGCAAUCCUGCUUUAUCUUCACUUGGUCAGGAAACCCCAGAGCAGGGAGACUUCAAGCACCAGACUCAACAAGGAGUAACUUUGAUAGUACUGAAAAACAGUGAAGAGACGGUUGAGGAUUCAGUAGCUCCAGAGGGAUUUUAUAUUGGCAGUAGGAGGUUAAAAUUAUCCGCUGAUCGUCGCGAGUAUUCGAAGUGCACGAUGGCAGGAGAAGCUGAUAUGCCCACUUUCAAGCUCGUCUUGGUUGGUGACGGUGGUGUCGGCAAAACGACCUUCGUCAAGCGUCACAUCACGGGAGAAUUUGAGAAGAAGUAUAUCGCGACCCUCGGUGUUGAAGUUCAUUCGCUUGUAUUUCACACCCACCGGGGAAAGAUUCGCUUCAACGUGUGGGACACUGCUGGUCAGGAGAAGUUUGGCGGGCUGCGUGAUGGCUACUACAUUCAAGGACAGUGCGCAGUGAUCAUGUUCGACGUUACUGCUCGAGUCACCUAUAAAAACGUUCCGAAUUGGCAUCGGGAUCUCGUGCGUGUGUGCGAAAAUAUCCCGAUUGUCCUGUGUGGUAACAAGGUGGACAUCAAGGAUCGGAAAGUGAAGGCCAAGAGCAUUGUGUUUCACCGUAAAAAGAAUUUGCAGUACUACGACCUCAGCGCCAAGUCCAACUACAAUAUUGAAAAGCCGUUUCUCUGGCUUGCCCGCAAACUCAUCGGGGACCCCAACCUGGAAUUCGUGGCAGCACCCGCAAUUGCGCCGCCAGAAAUCCAAAUGGACCCUGUGUGGCGGCAGAAGAUCGAAGACGAGCUGAAGGAAGCACAGAACACUGCGCUGCCGGACGAUGACGAAGAUUUGUGA